UUGUCAGGAAGCAAGUGGCGGCGUAUUCUCGAGACUGCUAUCUCUUCCCUCGGUCAUGAAUCGUGGACAGUGAAAAUAUGUCUCCUUCGUGGACAGAUUAGCUGAUUGCAGAUAGGAUUCCUGGUUUCCAUAAAUGGAUUCUGUUUUUCCAGGCUCAUCACCAAUCCUUAUAUCAGCUUAAGAGGAGAGCACUAACCUAAUCAAUGUUUUAUAAUCUUCGGUAUUUUUCCUUUUAGGUGCUGCUUUGAUGUUCUCCAACUUGCUUGGGAUCACUGCUGUUGUUGUUGUUGUUUGAUGUUGUCUUAUCUGACUUGCGUGUUGGUUACUUGACCGUGCUGGAUCAUGAAAUUUUGAGUCUGUUCUUUUAGAAGAAUGACCGUUAAGUGCAGCUGUGAGAAUAGCCACCCUUGAAAGAGUGCGUAAUAGCUCACUGAUAGAGUGCUCUUGCGCUGAAAAUAAUUGUCUCAACUCUUAAUACACUUAUUUUGGUCAUUAUUCUCUUAUGGUGAAAUGGUAGAUUUAUUCUACUUGAACUGAAAGUCACAACUCAAUCGGACUGUUUGUUGCUACUAUAUUUCCACUGUUAUCUCAUACUAGUUUUGUCAUAGUUUAAAAAGGCGAAUGCACUAUGUGCUCCGAUCACCUUAUUUACAUCCUGGGGUUUAACUGCUGUUUGCUUCUGUAGAGCCAUCUAGUUUAAUCAACUGACUAUGUAUUGGAGAACCACUAUUAUUUUCCUCCUUACCUCUUUCUUUGCUUUAUAUGAAGGAAUAUAGGCUAACACAUCCAGAUGUCACAGUUCUCGACCCUCCGGAUGCCAUACAGCAUGUAUACAAUCGCCAAUACAUGCUUGAAGAUGUUGCAGACCUGAACUUGUCGGAUAGCUACGGGAAAGUUGGUGUUCCAAGGCAACUGGUUAUUGAGAAAGAUUCUUCAUCUAUUUCAGAUGCAGUGAGUAAAGCUGGUCUGAGACUUCCUCUUGUUGCAAAGCCUUUGGCUGCUAAGUCCCAUGAGUUGUCGCUAGCCUAUGAUAAGUUCUCUCUUCAGAUGCUUGAACCCCCACUUGUCCUACAGGAAUUUAUCAACCAUGGAGGAAUUCUGUUUAAGGUAUACAUUGUCGGGGAAGCAAUUAAGGUUGUUAGACGAUUCAGUUUACCUGAUGUUAGCAAACGUGAGCUGUCAAAAAACCCUGGGGUUUUUCGAUUCCCAAGAGUUUCUUGUGCUGCUGCAUCUGCUGAUGAAGCAGAUUUAGACCCUUGUGUUGGGGAGCUUCCUCCACGGCCAUUACUUGAGAGGCUUGCUAAGGAACUUCGGCGCAGACUGGGUCUCCGGCUCUUCAACUUGGAUAUAAUUAGGGAGCUUGGGACCAAAGAUCGGUUUUACGUCAUAGAUAUUAAUUACUUUCCUGGUUAUGGGAAAAUGCCAGAAUAUGAACACAUAUUUACUGAUUUUCUCCUCAGCCUGGUGAAGCAGAGAUAAUGAGGAAUUGAGAAAUCCAUUUCUGGUUAACUAUUAUUUCCAGUGAAAGUAUCAGAAGGAAUUUAUCCACCCGCCAGUACGUGGAGGAUAGAACUGAUUACUGUGCAAUUCCUAAAAGCUGGUAGAAGAUGCGGUGGUGAAGUGCAGAGAAGUUCCAUUAGCCUUCUAGCAAGAAUGCUGGAUGAAGGUUGCUCUUUGGAAACACAAAUCCAAUUGCUGACCUUGGGAUCCAGCUUAGUUUCCGCUGUCUUUUUUUUUCCCCUUCUUUUUGGGGGGCAUAGAGCAGUUCUAUUCUUUCUUUUGGUUGGGGUGGAAUUUUGUAGGGAUAGCCCUGCUGUGUCUGCAUUCUCGGAUGGGUGGUCUUUGAUAAGUAGUCAAAAGAUAUGCCACCUUGUAAAAAUGCCUUUUACAGUAGGAACAUACAUGUACAUUCUUGACUUUUCUGUUGUACUCCAACUCUUGGGGAAGUUUGGCUUUUCGUGUUC